CCCUGUCAGGACAUCGACCGACAAAUGCGGCGCAGCCUUCAGUCUGCCUGGUCGUCCACAGCUCAUAACCCGCGGAUUUACAAUCAACAAUUUACACAUAAUUCUGCCCAGGGAUACCUUUCUCUCCCAUCGGUAUAUUUUCUAAAUAUGAGGUGGUUUGUGUCUCCGAACAUGGUCUAGCUAAAAUCUCUAAUCCGUGAAGCAGCAGCAGCCCGCUAGCACUGAGCCAAGAUGUCCAGUAGCUCGGGCUACCCCCCCAGCCAGGGGAGCUUCAGCAGCGAGCAGAGCCGGUACCCACCACAUUCUGUCCAGUACACCUUCUCUGGCACGCGCCACCAACAGGAUUUCACCGUCCCAGACUAUCGGACUCACAUGCAAGAUCCUCAGGGUCGGAGAAGACCAUCCUUAUUGUCUGAAUUCCACCCUGGAACUGAAAGGCCUCCAGAGAGACGCCAUGGUUACGAACAGCAGUUUCACUCCAUCUCAGCGCAGUCUGAGCAUGAGGCCUUGGAUUCUAAACGCCCUCGCAUGGAGACUGUUGCUGAGUCCCACAUCAGCCGCACCCCUCCCACAGCUGGGGGUAUUGUCCUGCCCUUAACCCAUUCAGUACAGGACAGUCUGAGAGCAUCUGUGGAGGUAAAAAAGGAGUCUCAGUACAACGUCAAAGUGGAGUCCCCGUCCCCUGGUGGACCUACACUACACAUGGGAGAUGAGCAGGACAGUUCUCCUUCCAAACUAUCCAAGGAGGAGCUGAUUCAGAGUAUGGACCGUGUAGACAGAGAGAUUGCUAAAGUGGAGCAGCAGAUUUUCAAGCUGAAGAAAAAGCAGCAACAACUGGAGGAAGAAGCGGCAAAGCCAGUGGAGCCAGAAAAGCCAGUGACCCCUCCCCCAGUGGAGCACAAGCACCGCAGCAUAGUCCAGAUCAUCUACGACGAGAACAGGAAAAAAGCUGAAGAGGCCCAUAAAAUACUGGAAGGUCUUGGUCCUAAGGUUGAGCUGCCCCUGUACAACCAGCCAUCAGACACAAAGGUCUACCAUGACAACAUCAAGACCAAUCAAGUCAUGAGGAAGAAGCUGAUUUUGUUUUUCAAGAGGAGGAAUCACGCUCGUAAACAAAGGGAACAGAAGAUCUGCCAGCGCUAUGACCAGUUGAUGGAAGCGUGGGAGAAGAAGGUGGAGCGAAUGGAGAACAACCCCAGACGCAAAGCCAAGGAGAGCAGGACACGGGAGUACUAUGAAAGGCAGUUCCCUGAGAUCCGCAAGCAAAGAGAGCAACAGGAGCGCUUCCAGAGGGUUGGACAAAGAGGGACGGGCCUGUCUGCAACAAUUGCAAGAAGCGAGCAUGAGAUUUCUGAAAUCAUAGAUGGCCUUUCUGAGCAGGAGAACAAUGAGAAACAGAUGAGACAGCUGUCAGUCAUCCCUCCCAUGAUGUACGACUCUGAGCAGAGGCGAGUGAAGUUUAUCAACAUGAACGGCCUAAUGGAUGACCCAAUGAAGGUGUACAAAGCCCGGCAGUUCAUGAAUGUUUGGACCGAACAUGAAAAGGAGAUCUUUAAGGAGAAGUUUGUCCAACACCCCAAGAACUUUGGCCUGAUUGCCUCUUAUCUAGAGAGAAAGUGUGUUGCUGACUGUGUCCUUUACUACUACUUGACCAAAAAGAACCACAACUACAAGACGCUGGUGAGGCGAAACUAUGGAAGACGGAGAGGAAGGAACCAGCAAAUAACACGUCCCUCACAAGAAGACAAAUCAGACGAGAAAAACGAAGAGGAAAAAUCCGAGAAGUCUGAGAAAAAAGAGGACGAGGAAAAGAAGGACGAGGAAGAGAAAGAUGAAAAGGAGGAUUCUAGGGACAUUGGCAAGGACAAAGACAAGUGUGACGGUGGGGAGGACGAGGACGGAAAGGAGCAAAACACGCCGCGUGGCAGGAAGACUGCCAAUAGCCAGGGCCGCCGUAAAGGAAGGAUCACCACACGCUCCAUGGCCAAUGAGGCUGCAUCUGUGGCGGCUGAGGAGGCACCUCCCCCUGCCACUGAGCCUGCCCUGCCAGAGCCUCCGCAGCUCCCUAAAUCUGAUCCAGCACAGAAGGCCAUGAAGGAGCCUGCAAAACCCCACACUCCAAUAGCUUCCAUGGAUGGCAAUAAAGCUGGUGCUGGUGAAACCGGAGAAACUUCUCGCUGGACCGAGGAGGAGAUGGAGGUCGCCAAAAAAGGGCUUGUUGAGCAUGGGCGAAACUGGACAGCCAUUGCCAAAAUGGUGGGCACCAAAAGCGAGGCACAGUGCAAGAACUUUUAUUUCAAUUACAAGAGACGUCACAACCUGGACAACCUGCUCCAGCAGCAUAAGCAGGACACACGGCGGGCUCGUGCUGAUAGGUCUCAAGGUGAAGGUCUAGCCACAGCAUCACCCGAUGAUGAUGACGAGGACAACGCAGAUGACAGUGAAGGCGGCGACAACAGCUCCGAUACAGAGAGUGCCCCCUCCCCCUCUCAGGCUGACCCAAAGUCUGGCGACUCCAAGAGGGCAGACAGUGCUGCAGGAGAUGCUCAGUGCUCUGACCAGGACAAAGGUCAGGCCAGCAAUGGAAAGGCCCUGGAGCCCUCAUAUGGGGAACUCUGUGUCAAGGAAGAGAAAAGCCCAGAGAGUGAGAGUGGAUCUCAGGAGGCAAGGGUGGGUGCCUAUGCAGGCCCUGUGCAUCCCAAAACAGAACCUCCGGAUAUGGACAUGAAGACAGGAGAGGUUCAAGUCAAGAUGGAGCCGGAGAUCAAGGAGAGAGGAGAAAAGGGAGAUCAUGGCGGCAGGGAGCUCCACUCAGAUAAUGACUCCAGCGCCACCUGCAGUGCUGAUGAGGAUGGGGAAGCGGAGCCUGAAAGGAGAAUAUUCUCCAUGGAAAAGCCUUCAUUGCUCAGCCCUCCAGGCUCUGUGCUGGUGUCUUCACCCAAGCAAACCCAACUCAACAUCCAGCAGCUGCACCAGCGAGCAGCUGCCAUCCCACCCAUGGUGCCUGGUCCUUUUGGCCCCGGUGGUGUGCCCAUCAGUGGCUUUGCCAUGUUGCAACACCAGAUCAAAGCAGCACAUGAGUCUGCGCACCAAGAGGAGAAGCAGAGGCAGGAUCAGGGAGACCUGGACCGUAGACCCCCCUUCAACACCCGCAGCCCCACCAUACUAGACAGAGAUGGUAAGCCCUUAUCCUACUUGCCCUAUGACAUGAAGCUGGCUCUGGACCAGGAGGCCCACUCUGGUCGGCCAGGCUCUCCCUACAGACUCUCCCCCAGGGAGCUGAGCAGGGCCUCACCCCAGCCUGACCCCAGCGCCCCCAAUGUCUCCCGCUACAGUGUGCCACCAGUCCUCCACCCUGCCCCCAACCAGCUGGUCCAGAGUAUGCCAGAUGGAGUCCGUGUGACGUUCAGCAGACCCAGUCGACCUCCCAACAUUCCCUCUCCUCCACCACUCAUUCCAACCACCAAGCCCACGGACAAGCCAUCCUUUAUCCAAGGCGGCUCCAUCUCCCAGGGAACUCCUGGCACAUACCUGCCGUCCCAUGCUGUCUAUGGGCCAGAGGGGACUAAAAGCACUGUGGGCUCCAUAUCUCUGGGUCUUCCUCGACAGCAGGAUCCUAACAAGCCCGGAGCUGCAGUUUCAUCCAUACAGGAUGGCAGAGGAAACCCAGCAAAGGUGGGGGAGGGACUUGCUUUCAGAGGAUCAAUCACUCAGGGCACACCAGCCCUGCCCCAGUCUAGCAUUGCUGCUGACCUCCUGAAGGGCACAAUCACAAAGCUGGCCACAGAGGACCUAAGCAGUCCAGACAAGUCCAGAGGAGAACAGCUGGCUAAAGGUCAUGUCAUCUAUGAAGGCAAGAGUGGUCACAUCCUCUCCUAUGAUGCUAUCAAGAACCCCAGGGAAAACACCCGCAGCCCCAGAACAGGCCAUGAGCUAAAACGCACUUACGACAUGAUGGAGGGACCCAUGGGCAGGGGUCACCCUGGCAGGGAAGGGGCUCCAUUCGAAGGGUUGAUUAGCAGAGCCUUGCCCAGAGAUGGUCUACAUGGAGACUCUAAGGAAAGAGCAUUGAUCACUGGAUCCAUCAUGCAAGGAACACCUAGAACUGCUGCAGAGACUUAUGAAGAGGCCAUGAAAUAUGGAAAACCGAUAAAGCGAGAGAGCCCACCGAUCCGCACCUUCGAAGGGGGUAUUGGCAAGGGCAAGCCCUAUGAGGGAGUUAAUACUAUCAAAGAGAUGGGACGCUCCAUUCAUGAAAUCCCCCGACAAGAUCAGUCUGGCCAGGACAUCUGCAAGACCCCUGACCUGUCGGACAGGAGGGUUAUGGAGGGGUCUAUGUCUCAGAUCCACCCUCUCAACCAGCCUACUAUCAAGCACAAUGUCAAGUCCCUAAUAAGUCCCACUAAGCUUCCCCACAGCAUGCCCCAGCUCGAGGCAGUGCGCCACACUUCUGUGGUCAACUCCACCACUUCUGUCCUGCGCUCCACACACCAGGAGGCCAGCAAAUCCCAGCUUAGCCCGAGCAUGUAUGAGGAGGCCACUGCUCGCAGGACACCUGUAAACUACAGCACCAAUCCCGUGUCCAGAGGAUCACCCUUGCUGGGACGUGCUUCAGAGGGUGGUAUGAGCUCUGUGAAAUCUGCUGCCCAUGAAAGAAAGAAUGCCAUGACCCCGACACAGAGGGACAAUGUCCCAGCCAAGUCCCCAGUGUCGGGUGGUGACCCUGGUGCCUCUCACAGCCCCUUCGACCCCCACCACCGGCCCGUUGUUCCUGGGGAAGUGUACCGAGCCCACCUGCCUCCACAUCUCGACCCCACCAUGGCCUUCCACAGAGUGCUGGAUCCUGCGUUCAUGUUCCCCAGGCAGCCGUCCCCAACAGGCUACCACAACACCUAUCAGCUGUACACCAUGGAGAACACACGGCAGACCAUCCUUAACGAUUAUAUCACUUCCCAGCAGAUGCAAGUCAUCCCUAGGCCUGACAUGGCCCGAGGCUUGUCACCAAGGGAACAGCCUGUUGCUAUCCCUUACCCUGCCGGGGCUCGAGGGAUUAUUGAUCUAGCCCAGAUGCCUCCAACUAUCCUGUUGCCUCACCCUGGGGGAACAGGUACUCCCACUUUGGAACGCAUGGCCUACCUCCCUGGAGCUCAGCCCCCUUUCCCUCCUAGGGCUUUCAACCCAACCUCCAUAUCGCCAGGCCACCAGGCUCACUUUGCUGCUGCCGCUGCUGCCAAUGCAGAGAGGGAACGGGAGAGGGAACGUGACCGGGAGCAGCAGGAGAAAGAGAGAGAAAAGGAACGAGAAAGGGAGCACCGGGAGAGGGAGAGAGAACGAGAACGGGAGCAACGAGACCGGGACCGGGAGCGAACCAAUGAAUAUAUCCGUGGUGGACCAGAGCAGCCAGGCCGGCCAGUGAGUCGAGGUUAUCUGCACUCCACUUCUCCCUUACUCAGGACGCAGGAUGUAGUUGUUCAACAGCGGCCAAGCAUCUUCCAGGGCAAAAGUGUCAUCACUUCUCUAAUGCCCCAUUCAGCAGCAGCGACAGCAGCGGCCCAGAGUAGUUCUCGCUACAGUACUGCAGCUGAUGCUCUGGCGGCUCUGGUGGACGCCGCUGCCUCUGCCCCACAGAUGGAUGUGGCCAAGGUGAAGGAAAGCAAACAUGAACGGGAUGACGACAUGUCCUCGUCGGCUGCACCUCGGCGAGCAGCCACCCUCUCCGAUCAUCAGCAGCAUCAGCAUCAGCAGCAGCAGCAGCAGCAGCAGCAGCAGCAGCAGCAGCAGCAGCUUCAGCAUCAGCAUCAGCAUCAGCAUCAGCAGCAGCAGCAGCAGCAGCAUCAGCAUCAGCAUCAGCACCAGCAGCAGCAGCAGCAGCAGCAGCAGGAGGCAGAGAGGCGAUCCAUGCAGUCACCAUAUGGUGCAAUGUCUCUGCCAGGGGGUAAGCCCCAUUCUGCUUAUUCUGAGGGUCCUGGGGUUAAGGACAAGGGCCCUCAAACCUCAAAGUCACGCAUCGAAGAGGAGCUUCGGACUCGUGGAAAAACGACUAUCACAGCCGCUAACUUCAUUGAUGUCAUCAUCACACGGCAGAUAGCAUCGGACAAAGACUCACGGGAGCGAGGCUCUCAGAGCUCUGACUCCUCUAGCAGCUUGUCAUCCAGUCGGUACGACAACACCGGUGGAGGAGCCAUUGAGGUGAUCAGUCCUGCUAGUUCCCCAGUACAAUCGCAACAGGACAAACCAGAAGAAGGGCAACAACAGGCAGCAGCUGGCAUGCGGGCCUACGACAUGAGUCGUUACCGGCAACCAGGGGAGCCACCACAGGCCAGUCCCCAGCAGCCCCCCUCUUCCCAGGCUGACAGCUACUCCCAGGUCCCCAAGACUCACCGGGUCAUGACCUUGGCGGACCAUAUUUCGCAUAUCAUAACCCAGGACUUCGCCCGGAAUCAGGACCCUCCUCCAGUCUCCUCUUCAGCUUCAGCCACAUUCCAGAGCGUGGUGCCACCCGUGUCCUCUUCGGGGCGAGCCAAGGUGCCCAGCCGCUACAGUCCAGAGAAUCAGGUCCAGGCCCCACACCACCAGAGACCCUCCAGCAGAGUUUCUCCAGAAAAUGCUCCUGACAAGCCCAGAGCUAGGCCCGGUAAAUCUCCAGAUCGAGGUGGCAGGCAGAUGGAGAACUAUGAACCCAUCUCUCCACCACAGAACUACCAAGGCAUUGACAAACAGGAGGCUGGUGGGCCUCCACCCCAGAGGAGAGAGGCUGAGAACUCAGAGAUCAGGAAUGACUCACGAUCCCCGGGGAGUGUCAGCUAUCUGCCUUCCUUCUUCACCAAGCUAGAGAGCACCUCGCAAAUGGUGCAAUCCAAGAAGCAGGAGAUCUUUCGUAAGUUGAACUCCACCUCUGGUGUCGGUGAUUCUGAUAUUGGAAACGCACAACCAGGCACAGAGAUUUUCAACUUGCCUGCUGUUACCAGCUCCAGCAGCAUCAACCCCAGGAAUCACUCCUUUAGUGAUCCAGCCAGUAACCUCGGCCUGGAGGACAUCAUUCGCAAAGCAUUGAUGGGCAAUUUGGAGGAGAGACCGGAGGAGCACCAGGGAGGGGCUCAGUGUGCCAUGAACAGUACAACCGGCACAGGUGGUGACGCCCGUCAGGAGGCCAACCCAUCACCCAGCAUGGGGAAGCAGAAGCAGGGCAAAGCCAACAGCCGGAAAUCGAAGUCUCCUAACUUGGGUCAGGCCUACUCUGGAGGGGAGCGUCCCUCUUCAGUGUCCUCCGUCCACUCCGAGGGAGAUUAUCACAGACAAGCCCAAGCCCAAGCCCAAUGGAGCUGGGACGACCGACCUUCAUCCGCAGGAUCCAUGCAGUUUCCUUAUAACCCGCUGACCAUGCGCAUACUGAGCAACACGCCACCCACCUCCAUAGCUUCACCCGCCAUACAGAGCCAGCAGCAGCAGCAGCAGCAGCAGCAGCAGCAGCAGCCACCUCCAGCUGGAGCCCCGGUGGGCCAGCAGCGCGUGUGGCAGUCUCUGCUGUCAGAGCAAUAUGAGACCCUGUCUGACAGCGAUGACUGAGCCCUGCUCUCUAGAGCCCUGAAAACCAGAAGAGAGGCCUGCACUAAGGCUUGUCUGUUCACCCCCCUCCUAGAACUAACCUUGCUCACUGGCGAGUGUGACAAGUAGAUGGGGUGGUGUCCUUUUUAUUUUUGGUGCUAUGGCGCCCCCUGGCUGUUAGCUGAGAAUACAAGCAGCAGCCUGUGACAGGCAGGGCUCUUCAGAACAAGACUAGUUUUUGGUCCGGAAGCACUCACUCAGCCUGUCGGGGAAAUAAACAAAACUCGACUGAGGGGAUGACAUGAGCUAUAGUGAAGAUGAAGAACUUAAUAUGUAAAAAGAAACAACAUAAGAGACUAUUUCUGAAUUUUGUUUGAUUUAUGUAAAGAUAUACCUUGUCUUUAAGAAAAUCAUUGUAUGUAAAUAGAGUAACCUUUUGCAGUGUUUUUCUUAACUUGAUUAUUUCUUAUUUUAAUGUCGCUUUUAAAUUGAUCCACUUUAAAUGGGAAGAGUAGGGGUGUAAUCUUUAAUAUCACAGUUGGUCUCUCCCAGUCCACCCCCACCCCACGUCACCUGACACCCACUCUAAUAUUUUUACCAUAGCGACGCUAAGAGAGACCGGACCUUUUGGUUUGUACUUGACCAUGAGUGGAGCACAGAGAUUGUGCCACCCUGCGCGCCAUCCACCAAGCACCACCAGAGCCUGAACACCGUGGACAUUCGAGGAUGAAACAGACUAACAUUUCAAACAGCAUUGAUAUUUGAUGCCCGUCUUUGCCACAUAGUGGAGAUGAUGCAUGGAUUGUAACUAUCAGAUGGUAGAGGUAACUUCUCAUCCCGUUAUAGACAGAGAAAUGUCUUCAAAACAAGUUGAGAACACUGGUGUCAUAACAGAAAGGUGAAGAGUCUGAUAUAAGCUUCAUUUUACCGGAAAAGAUAUCCUUAUGACUACUCCUGGACCCCGUCUGAAUAAUGAGAGUGAGCCAAUUUUAUUUUAUUUUAUUUUUUUCAAUAGAGCCAUGGUGUGUCACAUGUAGCUGUCUCUCUCUGCAGUUUCCAACCUGUCCAGAAUGAUCUGCUCUGCAACGUUGUCAUGGUAAAAAAAAAAGUGUCAGGUUUUGCCAUGCCUUGUGACUUGAGAAAGAAGGCAGCUUUAACUAAUUUUCUCAGAGAUAUACGUUGAUGUUUGAUGUUUGUAUUUGUUUCUGUAGUCCCUCUUUUUUUUUUCCUUCAUCUUUUUUUUUUUUUUUUUUUUUUUUUUGAUACUGUCCUGACAAAAAUCUGAACUCUGUAAAUUGUCUUUCCAUUACACAAAAAGACAAAACUAACCAAACAUAAAGAAUGGUCUGCACCAUUGUUGCACUUUUUGCUUCGUAGCUUUUGACAAAAAAAAAAGCAUACUACCUGCUGUGUAACUUAUUCAACCUCCAGCACAGGAGUAUACUAAGAUGUGCUUUAAGUUUUUCCCACCACUCACAGAAUUCUGGAUGUUUUGACUUCCUGUCUUUUCUUGUAGCUGGUACAUGAUUUUUGUAGUGUGGCAUCACAGUUACAGUUUCAAGUGUAUGGUACCGUUAAAUGUUUAGGACUUUGCUGUCAUGGUGAUUCAAAACCAUGACCACUUAAUCUCUGCUUUCAUUGUGUCAAUCAACUGACAUACAGCUUUGAAUAUGAAAUAUACUAGGUCAACUUCAUAAACGGCAGUAACGUUCCUUUGAAAGUCUUUUUUUUUUUUUUUUUUUAGAUAUGUGAAAAAAUACCAUAUUUUGGCUUCUUCAGUUUUCACUUUGCUCAGUUAACGAAUCUGUUCUGCUCUAAACUUGAUAUUUCCUUUGUUCCUUCCAUAUUGAUUUUGAAUCAUUUGUCAUAGCACAUGUUCAGAUUUUUAUUUUGUCAUUUUCAACAUCUUUGUUAUUCAUCCUGUUUAAAUGGGAUGUUAUGUGUUUACAAAGGCAAUGACAAAAAAAAGUUUACAAACUUGAAUCUUAAUGAAAUCCGACAUGAAGCCGAAAAAGAAUUAGAGCAUCUUUUCAGCUCUCUAUCAAACACACAGUGGUGACUUUUUUUUUUGUCUUUUUGAAAUUGAGACUUGAAAACCCGUGUAUCCUAUGAUGUUGAAAUGCAAUGUUUGUAUCGCACAAUGUCUCUUAGUAGGCUAUUACAAGAGUUCAGACCAAUCAAAUAAAGUGGUUCAGUUCUCCACCACUGAAAA